AUGACUGUGGCCAACAGGGUUGGAUAUAUCGUCAAGCGCGGAUACAGUACACAGAGAACACCAAUCGAUAUAUCUUCGAACUCUGCGUUUAAAGAAUCUUUAGCUUCAAACGCUCUUUUGAAUCGUCUAUACCAACUGAAUCAAAAUGGAAAGAUAGCUAUAAAAGUAUACUCUGACAAAUGCCCCGAAACUAAUCUAAAUGUGAGUGCGACAUUACCAGUAACACAUAUUCCUACUACAAAAAUAACUGAUGCGGUUAAACAGGAUGACUCUAUUUCAAACUGGAGAAAACCUCUUGUGAAAUGGUUUCGACUUGGUAAAUUUGUAUUAGGGAUGUAUAAAGUCGGAGUCAAAUCCACCUGGUCUACCUAUUUCGACUCCAAGGGAUUCAAAUAUACCGUCAAUGAGUUAACGAAAUUAAUAGAGUUCAAAGAAAUAGAAAGUAGAGUGCUGAAACAGAAUAAAUUCGAUGAGAUUGAUCUUACAAGAAAACAAUAUCUUCAAUGGCUUCGUAGAAAAGAGUUUUGGAAAAUACCAAGAUUUCUGAUAGCUUUUAUCAUGUUUGAGGAGGUUACACCGUUAUUGUGUUAUAUUUUCCCAUCCCUUUCACCCUGGAAUUGUUUAAUGCCAGGUCUUUAUCGAAGGAUUAGUGACUCAAGAAGCAAAAAAUUGGUAGAUAAUUUUGAAAUAGAAAAGUCAUACAUUUCGCCUUAUGAACUAGAUAAGACUGCUGUCUCUCAAUUCUUAACAAAACAAAAUAUUAUGCCUAGUUGGAGAAUGGGCAUUUAUAACAUUACCAAAGAGUUUAAAAUCCCAUUACUAAAAGUAGUUGAAACUAAUCAAAAGAUUAUGAUCGAUGAUUGGUUACUUCUACGUGAAUUGUUGAGAGAUAGUGAGGAGCCUACCAUUUUAAGUGAUAGAGAACUUGUAGAUGCUAUCGCUAGACGGCAGUUAUAUCAAAAGGGCGAAGAUUUGAAUAAAAUGGUGGAAAACAUAGAGCAACAAAAGGUUUUAAAACUAAGGCUCUUACUUUAUUUAAGUUUUAAAUUUGAGGGAACUGUUGCUGCCGAUAUUUUUGGCGGAAAGCUACUGGCAGAAAGGUGGGGCGUCAACAAUAUGGCAAUUUUCAACUUUCCUGGGUCUAAUGAGUUGUUAAAAGCGGAACAUCUGAAAAAUAUUGGUUUGUGA